AUGACAAGUUAAAUAUCUAUUCAUUAAUUUAGGUUAGUUAAUCAAAAAUCCCUAUAAUGGAGCAUCUAGUCGUACAUAUAUUUGUGAAGUAAACACUAUAUUUGGAGGAUAUUAGAUAUUGGGAUGUUGCACAUCAACUAAAACAUCGAUGAUGAAAUAUUUUAUGUUGCCACUUCAUUAUAGGAUGCGCAUUAAUAUAACUUUAUGGAAGUUUAAUAUUAAUAUAUCUUAAGAUUUGAUGAUUGGCCAAAUACACAACUUUUUUAAAUAAUUAAUUAUUAAUGAACUCAGUCUUGUUAUUUUACUUCUAAUAUAGGAUCAAAUUAAUGUGGUGAUUCAGGUACAGAUUAUAGUACUAAAUCAUUUAAUGAUUUUCCAUUAUUUACAUUAAAUUCAAUUAUUUUUGAAUUAUACUCAGAUUGUAAUAACAAUGUAUUAUAAAUUGUUAACAUAUUAAGAAAUUUUUGGCGUCUCACUAAUUUUAAGAUUACAUUAAAUGAAUGUUAUUAAGGAUGUAAAUUUUUUUUAGAUUCAACAGUUGAUUGUAUCAUGUGGAAAUUGUGGCAAUAAUUUGUUUAAUUAUAAAAUCUUGAUAAUGGUUGAGAAGGUUGGAUUAAAAAUAUAAAUUUGCAUUUUUACAUACUCAAUAAAUGAAGGUAAAAUUAUAGAUAUUAUAGGAUAAUUGAAUAUGCUUAUAUUAAUUUAAUAUAAUUCUGCAAUAACUUAUCUUAUAUUACCAGAUCAUUAAUCAUUAAUUAUUUCUCAGUUUUACCAAUAACUGUAAGUAUUUAUAUAUAUGAUGAAUAUAAAUAUGGACUUAUCAGUAAUAAAAGAAUGUUGAUUAUAGAACAUGGUAAUUAGAUGAUACAAAAAAUGCAAUCAUAUUAGAAAUAUAUUGUGUAGAUGGCGCAGUAGGUAUCUGUGAAUUAUUAAUAAUUCUUCGUGGUCCAAUAAAAUGAUGAUAAUUUAGUACCUUUUGAUGGUUGUUUUGCUAAACAAGCAUCAUGUUAAGAAGAUUGUGUAAUGUGGAAAUAAAUAUAUUACAGCAAGUGA